AUGGCAUCACCAGCAGCUUCAUACCUUCGCACGCUCCUGACCUCAUCUCGUCCUCGUCUCCCAUCGGCCUUCACUCGCACCGCACACCCGUCGUACCGAAUCAUCUCCACCGCGAACAUGCAUACCGUCCCCAAGCUCAAGGACCCGUCGUUGCUGAUCUCCAAGGCGUUCGUCAACGGCGAGUUCGUGGACGCAGUGUCGAAGGAGACUUUUGACGUUGUCGACCCUGCUACGGGCAAGACGAUCGCCUCAUGUCCCGAAUUCACCAAGGAGGACACGGAGAAGGCCAUUGUGGCCGCCACCGAGGCGUUCCCCGCGUUUCGCAAGACCCUGGCGCGCGAAAGAGCAGGCAUGCUGAUGAAAUGGUACGAACUGAUGCAAGAGAAUGCCGAUGACCUGGCGACGUUGAUUACAUGGGAAAACGGCAAGCCGUUGGCCGACGCAAAGGGUGAAGUCGGCUACGCCGCGAAAUUCUUCCAAUGGUUCAGCGAAGAGGCUCCCCGUGUCUACGGCGACACUAUCCCUUCGUCCGUCCCAGGAAACCGAAUCCUGACGUGGAAACAGCCAAUUGGUGUCUGUGGCUUCAUUACUCCUUGGAACUUCCCUGCUGCGAUGAUCACACGCAAGAUCGGGCCCGCUUUGGCCGCCGGAUGUACCGUCGUUGCCAAAUCGCCCGGAGAGACGCCCCUCACGGCAAACGCUCUUGCCGAGCUGGCGCGUCGCGCGGGCAUUCCUAAGGGGGUAGUCAACAUUGUGACGGCGAUGAAGAACACGGCGGAAGUCGGCGAACUGCUUACAACGGACCCGCGGAUCAAGAAGGUGUCCUUCACGGGGUCCACGAACGUGGGUAAACUCCUGAUGAAGCAGGCCUCGGGGACGUUGAAGAAACUGUCGUUCGAACUCGGCGGCAAUGCGCCCUUCAUCGUCUUCGACGACUGUGCCGACCUCGACGCCGCCGUGGCCGGCGCCAUUGCCUGCAAAUUCCGCAGUUCGGGCCAGACCUGCGUCUGCGCCAACCGGAUCUACGUGCAGAAGGGCAUCUACGACGAAUUCGCCAACAAGUUCGCCGAAAAGGUCAAGAACUUCAAGCUCGGCUACGGCUUCGACGACAGCGUCACGCACGGCCCCGUCAUUCACGACCGAGCCGUCAGCAAGGUCGCCGCGCACGUGCAGGACGCGAAGAAGAAGGGCGCCAAGGUCAUUGUCGGUGGUGAGCCGCGGCCUGACCUGGGUCCCAACUUCUACGCCCCGACCGUGAUCACGGGCGUGACCAACGAAAUGGCCAUCGCUCACGAGGAGACCUUCGGCCCCGUGGCGGGAUUGUUCCCCUUCGCCACGGAGAAGGAGGUGGUCGAGCUGGCCAACGACUCCCCCGUCGGCUUGGCCGGCUACUUCUACUCGCGCGACAUCGGGCGUAUCUACCGAGUCGCCGAGGCCCUCGAGGUCGGCAUGGUCGGCGUCAACACCGGCUUGAUCUCCGAUGCGGCCAGUCCGUUCGGCGGUGUCAAGGAGAGCGGCUUUGGCCGUGAAGGCUCCAAGUACGGGAUCGACGAGUUUCUCGUCAUCAAGAGCGUUACUAUCGGUGGUAUCAGCAACGACCUCGAAGGCUAG